UUGACCCGACGGCAUCGGUGCAUUUGGGAAAACCGAAUUAAAAGUCGCAAAUCUGCGCCGAAACCUGCGAAAUAAAAUAAAUUAAAAAAAAAUGGCCUCCAUCGUUGUGCUCAGUUCGGUCUGUUGCUUCCUGUUGCUGACGCUGCUGGUUCCAGUCCGGGCAGCUGAUGAUCUGAGCUACUUCUUCGGUUCCCGGGCCGUUACGGAUGUGCUGUGUCAGCAGAAGACGCUUACCAAAGGAACUUCGACUCCCGCCAGAGUAGGAUAUACCACGAAUUCGGCUACCAAACUGAUCACCAUGGUAACCGUGAAUGCCGACAGGGAGUCGACUUAUGGAUACACCGUGCAGAUCGAAAGUGGCAACGUGGGGACAAAUACAGUGAAUUUCAACGUGCUCGGAAAAUCGCACUUGCCGUAUAACAUUAUAUUUGACUUUUACUGUACUCCGUAAUACUCAUAAGGCCGUUUUGUGUUUCAUGAAGCUUUGAAUAAAGCAGUUUUGUGUGUAAA